AUGGACCGCGACAUACAAUCACGCGAGUGUCGCUCUAAUCUGGCAGAAACGUGUCUCUCCAGCCCAUUGACUAUGAUACCGGGCAAGCACUCCAAAUUUGUCAGAGGCGCCCUGAGACCCAGUCGACGUAGGUGGCGCCCAUCGAAAAUGCACUUCACUGUUCAGUCCCAGACCCUUGCCAGAUCGACAUUGGACAACACUCUCAUCCCAAUGCAAACGCUCUUUAAGUCUACAACCCUCUCACUUCGGAAGUCUCUGAGGCCUUCAUCAAGUAAUUUAGUGACAAUGGUCGCCUCAUUCACCCUCGCCUCCAUUCAAUUCUACGUAUUACUGACAAUCCUAUUCCUCACUCGUCUAUGUCACGCACAGGACGACGGCUCAUCGGAACCUAAGCCUCCUGGGUGGUUCAUCCUACCUGCGGACUCAGGAACGUCCUCGGACGGGAUGGUGGACUACACAUUUGAAUACGGCUCUUCACCAGAGUUCCAAUGGGUCACAAAUGACACUGAGGUUGAUCUCAACAUUUACGACGCUUCUGGCACUGCAUAUUCACUGUUGGGCGACACUGCACAGACGUCCUUCAACGGACCCCUUGUCUGGUCGAGCGACUUCGGACCUCCGUACGGUACAGGCUUCUACCUGCAAAUCGUGAGCGAAGACACCGACUACACAAUCGCGACGUCAGUCACUUUCACCGUCGUCCCGGCAGGAUCCAACCCAGGCUCCUCAUCUUCACCUACAGACACCUCUUCCGCGACACCAACAACAACAGAGUUGAUCAAUCCUCCUCUAACACUGCCAACAACACCUCCUCAAACCACUAGCACGAGUACCACAUCCACAACACCGCUUUUCGAGAGCUUGCCAACCACGAAUACGCCGAAUGCACCAUCGACGACCACGUCCGAACCUGCAGUCAAAACCACCACAGACACAGCGUCCACCCCUGCCACAGCACAAGACACCAGCUCUACCUCCUCGUCCGCUCCUACAGCUGCGCAAACAGCAUCGCUUCCACAAUAUGGGGAUGGGGGAGCAGACACAUCCUCCGAUCCGCACGACAAGGCCCUUAUCGAUGGUCUCAGCACAGGUCUCGGCCUCACGGUCCUGUCAGCAGCACUAGCCUGCCUGUUCCUCCUGCGCAGACACAAGCAACAACAACAUGAUAAACAAAAGAACACACCACAGGCCGCAGAAAAGGCCAACGUGGAAGGCGGUGCUCAAUCUCAUAAUCGCGUCGACUCUUACAGACUCCUUCCCAUAUACAGCCCGUCCGACGAGCUCAACGGCUCCAGGUUUUACUCUCGGUCAGACUUGACGGGGAUGGUAUUGGCUUCACCUCGAGGGCGUGAGACUAUGGCAGAACUUCCGAGUCCUCCUUUCCGAGGGAUUGGCAAAUUUGAGCCAGACCAUUUGAUUGAGUUGCCUGGAUGA